GCCGAAUUGGAACGAUAUAAACGACUGAACAUGGCCAAGAAGGUGACAGGUUGCGCUUCGGCGAUGACUGCAUGCGGAGACAGCGCUCUGCUUGGAGUAGGGCUCGGCGCAGCCGCAUCCGGCGCUGUGGCUGCAACGGUGCUGACGUUACAGACUGGAUUAGUGAGCGCAGGCGCUGUGGCUGCAACGGUGCUGACGCUACAGACUGGAUUAGUGAGCGCAGGCAUUGUCGCCAUUCCAAUCUCACUUGCCACUCUGUUCCUUAUUUGGGUGUACGUGUUCUCAAAACCUCAUAUUGAUGCCUGUUUGGAAAAAGAGCCUCAGUAG